AUGGUCCUCGAUGACUCCUCUUCUUCAGAUUCAACAACCCUCGACCCGUCCACAAACACAGAUACCUGGGACAGCCCCGACCUCUCAUCACGCUAUGCCUCUGUCUUCCCCCUCAAAAUCAACCGACAAUACCUCCAACGCCCCAACCCAUUCUUACUAUGGGUCGGUUUCGCAGGACCCUGGAACUGGGAAAGGACAGUAAUGUACCGCCUUUCCGCACAAUUGGAGACCGUAAAGGGACUGCUACGACGAGAUCCGACUCAACCCGAAGUUGACGCUUUGGUUGAAUAUACAAGUCGCGAAGUGAAUACACGCAGAAUCGGACUGCCAAUUGGCGUCACGGCGGGAUCGGUUCAUGCAUAUUAUACGCUGCGCAAGAAAUUGAGUAUUCCGAGCGAACUCUCAUUUUUGGAAGGGUUGAAAGUCGCCUGGCGUCUUUCCCCUGUAUUGGAGAGGAGACAGGCUGCAUUGCAGGCUGGGUUGAGGUUUGGUGUUUGGGUUAUUUUUACGUUGGGCAAUUUUAUCGCAUUGUCGUCGGAUCCAAGGUUGGCCGAGUUUAGAGACGCGGUUAGACGGUAUGCGGAGGCGAGGAUGCAGAGGAUGGAAGGGUAUAAGGAGAAGACGAAGCAGAGGAGGGAGCAGAGGGAUGCUGCUAGACAUGAGGGUACGACAGUGAGUGCGGAGGAGCCGGAAGAAAAUUAUAAAGCGGAAUCAACAGAGGGUACGACAGAUGAUCAGAGUCACAGCUCGCCUUCGCCGUCAUAUCAGACUCCGCCGAGAAGUUAUGAGACUACUCGGUCUUAUGUUCCGGAAGAAUCUCCUUCGUCGGAUUUCUUUGAUGAUGCUAGUCCUACGGUACCUGAGUACCAGGCGUCGACGGCAUCACCGUCGAGACCAACACCGGCAUCAAAUGAGAAUGCAUGGGACCGAAUUAGACGCGAAACCGCCUCUCACGCAUCCAUCUCUGCGCCGUCACCAUCGAGCUGGGGACGACAACAACCAAGCGCUUCCUCUGAGUACUCAUCGUAUGAAAGCGAACAGCAAAACGGACAGCGGGAAAGGGAAGCUGCUCAACGACAAUUCGAUAGAAUGCUUGAUUCCGAGAGGCAACUGUCUCAGGAUGGGGGAGAUGAUAACAGCAAUAAGAAAGGAUGGCGGCGGUGGUAA